CCUUUAGGGUGAUUGUGUCAGAGUAACACAGCUGACUUCGUUGAUUGUGUAAAUCAUAGUGAAUUUAAAUAUAAUAUCAUUAGUUAUUAAUAACAAAACCGAUAAUUAUGCUUAGCGCAGUACGGCAAUUAGCGAAACACCAAUCUGCUCGUAGAUAUUUACACAGCACUAAACCAAAUAAUGGUUACAUUGUAUUAGUACCAGAGAUAGGAGAGGAAUGCCAAGCGGGCGACGUUAUCGUAAAGCCUGAUGGCUUACCAGCCUUUAAUGACAUAACAAUUGAAAAUUGUCUAGGUGCUAUUGGAAGUCAGGCUGGUGCAGUAGAGAAACUAGUAAAACGCGUAGAGAGCGAAUUGCACGAGCUGAAGGAACAUGAGAAGGUGGAUGUUAGUCGGAUAUUCAAGGAAUUUGAUGAGGUCACAGGGCCUCUGGACACUACUUGGGGUAUUGCGAAAGCUCUGUAUUUGGGAAAUAGUACGCUGAUCCCAACAAAAUCGUACAUGAACAUACAUGAAAGAGCGAGAAAUGCAAGGGCAUCUAGGUUCUGCAAUAAAACAUUAUUCGAAGCCUUGCAAAGGCACACGACGGAUGAUUUGAAGAAUACCCAAGAGAAAAGGCUGCAUCAAAAGUACUUGUUAGAAGGACAGCUUAACGGGUUGAACUUGAAAAAUGACACUCGCAAUGGCCUUAAGGAAAUACUAAUGCAAUUGGGUAAAGAGAGAGCUACUUUUAAAAACAAAGUAAACGUUUCAAUGCAUAGUUUCGCUCACGUGGUCAGUGACUAUCAACUUGUUCGGGACUUUCCUUCAACUCUGCUUGAAGCAACAGUAAUUGACUCAAAUGCGCCCAUGACACAAGGGCCAUGGAAAUUUACUCUACAACCUCAAAUUGUUGAAGGGUUUCUCAAGUAUUGUCCAGAUCGCACACAGCGUUGGAAUAUAUGGCAAGCGAAUACGCGAAAAGCGUCAAAUUACGUAGAGCAGAGUUUGGAAAAUAGUACUCACUUGGAGAAAAUUCGAGCUUUGCGUAGAAGGCAAGCAAACGUAUUGGGAUAUCCUAAUUUUGCAACGAUGUCCAUGCAAACAAAGAUGGUCAAAGAAAUACCUCAGCUCAAACAAGUAUUUUCAAAAUUGUUACAGUUUGCAGGACCUGCACAAUAUUUGGAAAUAGAAAAAUUACAACAAUUUGCUGGCAAGAGUGGGUUUGAACAAAAAUUAGAUUUGUAUGACGUUACAUACUGGCAAAGAAAAUACCUAAUUUCCGAGCAUAGACUAGAUGAGGAAGCACUCCGCUUGUUUUUCCCUCUUCCUAGGGUAUUUUCGGGUUUGUUCGCACUUAGUGAAAAGUUGUUUAAUAUAAAAAUUGUUGAAAGGAAUGAAGCUCAGGUAUGGCAACCAUCUGUCAAAUACUUUGAUGUUUAUGACUGUGACAAUCCAAAUAACAGCCAACCUGUUGGAGGCUUUUACGUUGACUGCUACUCCAAAGAGAAUAAAUUCGGAAGGAAUAACGGUUGGAUGGUUAGUGUACGAAAUCGCAACGAUUCAGCAAACCUUUCGCCAUUAUGUGCUUUAAUAUUCAAUUUCAACGCCCCACUUGACAACAAGCCAUAUUUGCUAAAUAUUGACGACUUGAAAAUGGUAUUCAAGACAUUUGGAUCAGCAAUGCAACACCUUUUAACGAAAUCUUCAUUCACCGACUUGGCUGGCUUAUCCGGAGUGGAAUGGGACGCUUCGCAGGUGGCUGGAUAUGUAAUGUGUAACUUUUUGGACGACCCUACUAUAUUGAAAACCAUAUCCGGUCACAUAGAAACUGAUGAAACAAUACCCGAUGACUUGGCUAAGAAUAUUCGAUUACUCAAGACACAUUUGGGUGGCUAUAAUUUAUGUCAAGAACUUUAUUUGUCCGACUUAGACAUAGAACUUCAUCAGUCAGAAAGUUUUUGGCCGGAAAUUGUUAGAAAAUUAUGGCCCGUUUAUAGAUGUAUGCCUUUGGAUAAAAAAGAUUCGCAUCCCUGCUCCUUGACGGAAAUAUUCUCUGGCGAUUGGGGAGCUGCAUAUUUUAGUCAUCUCUAUUCCAAAAUGAUAGCCGCAGAUAUUUCUGAUGCAUUUUUAGAAAGCCCCCAGGACAUGUCACUAGUGGGCAAAAGAUUUAAAGAUACGUUCCUUUCAUCAGGCAGCACCAUGCCAACUGCUGAAGUUUUUCGACACUUCCGCGGACGUGAUCCCUCCGUGGAAGCUUUAUUAAGAUCUUUAGAUAUUUACCACGAGUCACAAACAACGGGUGAAUUGUAAGAUUAUUAUUGUACGUUGUUUUAAUAUUCAGCUAAGUUUUUAGUUUUGUUGCUAUAUAACUAUUAUAUUUAAAUAAACCAUUAAAGAAUA